CCCAAUGAAAAUGGUGGGAUACUCUACUCAGCAUUACUCAGCAUUUUGCAAGCUAAAACCUCAUUCUCUCUGUUAGUUCAUAGGGGACUAACUUUUUUUUUCAGAAACACAGAGAUUGGGAGAUAACAAGCUGCAGCUUGACAGUAGCUAUUAGUCGUUAUAUCUUUCCGCUCAAUGGUUGAGUUUUCUUGAAACUUUAAAACUUCUUGGAAAGCAAUCAAUCGAAGGAUGAAGUUCAUGAAUGAUCAUAACAUCAAUGCAGCUGCUAAUAACGCUCACCUGUUAGGCUUCUCUCUCUUACCCGCCAUGAAAAUGGAAGCUAACAACCCCAGCCCCCCUUCUUCCGAAUCUGAAGCUUCUUCAUUGGCUACAAGCUUCUACCCUUCUCCUUCUCCACUCCACACUGCUACUUCAGGCAGUCUCUGUUUCUCUCUUUCUGAAACUGGUGGGUUCCAUUCACCUUUGUCCGCCAUGCCUCUCAAAUCCGACUCCUCUCUUUGUAUCAUGGAAGCUCUCUCCAGAUCUCAAACACAUUGUAUGGUGCCUAGUUCCAGUCCCAAGCUAGAGGACUUCUUGGGCGGUGCAACAAUGGCUGAUAAUCAAUACGAGAGGGAAACCAGUGGUCUUAGUUUGGACAGCGUAUACUAUCACCAACAAGAAGAAGCUGAUAGGCAAAGGACUGCAAGCUUCCAUUUACACCCACAAAACCACCAUUCUAAUUACUACUAUAGCCCGCAAAGUCAUCAAAUGUCAGGAAAUGAGCUGAAAAACUGGGUUUCUGUGGGGCAAUUUGGGCAAGAGGCCCCACACAUUUCUUCUGGUGGUGGGGUUGGGGGUAUGAUGGGGUUUAAUGAUUUUCAGCCUUUGAGCCUUUCAAUGAGUCCUGGUUCACAGUCCAGCUGUGUUACUGCUACUAGGCAAAUCUCUCCCAAUGAUUUUGAAUAUGUGGCCAUGGAGAGCAACAAGAGGGCCUAUGAGGAAGUCACACCCAAACAGCCCAUUCACAGGAAAUCCAUAGACACCUUUGGUCAAAGAACCUCUCAGUACAGAGGUGUAACAAGACAUAGGUGGACAGGGAGGUAUGAGGCACACCUAUGGGACAACAGUUGCAAGAAAGAAGGGCAGACUAGGAAAGGAAGGCAAGUGUAUUUGGGAGGGUAUGAUAUGGAAGACAAAGCUGCAAGGGCGUAUGAUCUUGCUGCUCUCAAGUAUUGGGGGCCUUCUACACACACUAACUUUUCGCUGGAAAACUACCACAAAGAGCUUGAAGAAAUGAAGAACAUGACUCGCCAGGAAUAUGUUGCCCACCUGAGAAGAAAAAGUAGUGGAUUCUCUCGGGGUGCUUCAAUAUAUAGAGGAGUUACAAGGCAUCAUCAACAUGGACGUUGGCAAGCUCGAAUAGGCAGAGUUGCAGGGAAUAAGGACCUUUAUCUGGGGACAUUCAGCACCCAGGAAGAAGCUGCUGAAGCAUAUGAUAUAGCAGCAAUCAAAUUCCGCGGUGUUAGUGCUGUCACAAACUUUGACAUGUCGAGAUACGACAUACAAAAAAUCCUGGCCAGCAAUUCUCUACCAAAUGCGGAAUUAGCAAGGCGCAAAAAAGACCUCAACCCCAUUGAGUGUGACAUGUCAGCUCAAGAGCAAAAAAGGAUAGAAUGUGUUCAGCUUGGACAUGGUGGUGGUGGGAGAGUGGCUUUGUAUAACCAUAAGCAGAAGGAACAAAAUGAGGAGAAGAGUCAUUGCUUGUCCAUGGCUAUGCAAAAUUCGAUUGGGAUGGAUGAAACAAACAAGCAGAUGGUGAUGAUGAUGAUGAUGAUGAGUAGGCAGCAACAGUUAUCCAACGCUUCCUCAUCUGCGGUGACCAGUCUGAGCAGCUCAAGAGAAGAUAGUCCAGCUUCAAAGCCUGAGACACAGGAAACCCAAUUCUUGAUUCCCACAACCAAUGUAAAUGCCGCCUACGUUUCGUCUCCUCAGCUGAGGGCUAUCCCACCUUCUAUGGCUAACUUCCCUCUGUUUACAGCUUGGAAUGAAAAUCAGCAGUGAUCACAGUGACCAAGCUGUGUACAACUAACUCUUAAUGUUCAGCUUUGGUCAUACUGUGAUCAAGAUUUUGCAAAAAAUAUAUGGAGAAGAUGGGGUUUUGAAGAUCAUGUUGUAUGGCACUUGGAUAAUUUGAAAUGAAACAUAAUAUGGUUAUAUGGAUGUGACCCCAUUGAUGAAAUGAUGAUCAUUGCUUUUUUCCUGCAUUUUUCUAGUUUCUC